CAGGGUUUAAUUAUUUUCAUUAAUCUAUAUAUCAGAUGUUUAUAAUGUAUUAUUUAAGAACAUUUAUUGAAACAUAGUUACAAAUGAAAACGAUCAUUUGAAUUAUCUGCUGAGAAGAAUUCUCUGUCUUUUCUGUUUGUUGCUUAUGCCUUGAGAACAUUCUAUUUCAAAAACCAGUGCCAUAGUUCUAUACAUCUUUACAUGUGGGUGGACACGAUUGGGUUAACGUGAGAAUGCGAAUCUUGAAGAAAAAGAGCCUGUGUCUUUAAAGUGGAUGUAGCAACAGAAGGAUUGCAGGGAGAACGCCAUUGGGGCGGCAGAUCACUUACUUCUGACGUUCCAAAGCCUCGGGGAGUUGGCUCAAGAUUGCUCGGCUUUGAUAAGGUCCUUGCAACUUAGUAGUAACUUUGCUUUCGCAAGUGUUGCCCAGAAAGCUCUUGUGCGCUGUACGACCAUUAUAUUUUUCCGACUAUCAAUACUCUUGGCUCCGAUUGGACACUAGAUGCACAUUAUUAACCAGCUAAGAGGAAUUGUAGCCAUUUGUGCCGCGUGAGAAGGCGCAUAGGAACAUUUUUUUUCUAUGUACCUUCCUGGACCAGUCUGUCGGCUGCUUACUUUGAAGACCGCUCUUAAACCCAGAGCUCAGUCCGUGCUGGAAGCGCCCAGAGGAGAGUUACCGUAUGGCGUGGCUGCUUAGCGCAGAGGAAAGGACUGGGGAAACUAUUCUUUAUUUGUAGAAUCAUUCAUGUUUUCACCCUUUAAUCUGUGUCAUCUCAAAACAGACCGGGUCGUCUGAACUGGAUACUGUGGAUUAAUUUUUUUGGUGAAAAAACUGUAGACUUUUGGAGUAUCUAAAACUCGUGGAUCGAUGAGAGAAGACGGGCAGACCGGCUCCCCUGCAGUUUUGAGAGAGAAAGAAAGGCGAUUGCAGUUGAGCACUGAGGAGGGAAACACAACGCAAGGCUGCCGAAUUCACAGCCAUGAGUAGGGCUCUCGCAGACCCCAUCGCCACCAGCUUCAGAGAGGAUGCUCCUCGCCCCCCCGUCCCGGGGGAAGAGGGCGAGACGAAAUGCUACAACCCCUGCAAGCUCGCCGUGAUGAAACUCAAGGAUACGGUUCAUUCCGCUGCAAAAGUCUCCCAUCCCGGCUCCGCGGCGAGGAGGGAUGAGGAUGGACUCGGGGAGCCGGAGGGAAGUGCCUCCCCGGAUUCGCCCCUCGCACGGUGGACCAAGUCUUUGCUCUCGCUUCUUGGUGACCAAGACGGUGCUCAACUUUUCCGGAGAUUUCUGGAGCGAGAGAAAUGUGUGGACACGCUAGACUUUUGGUUUGCCUGCAACGGCUUCAGGCAAAUGGACCUCAAGGAAACCAAAACGCACCGAGUGGCUAAAGCCAUUUACAAGCGAUACAUUGAAAACCACAGCGUGGUUGCCAAGCAGCUGAAGCCGGCGACCAAGACCUUUAUUCGGGAUAGCGUGAAGAGGCAACAAAUUGACUCAUCAAUGUUUGAUCAGGCACAGACGGAGAUUCAGACAGCGAUGGAGGAGAACGCUUACCAGAUGUUUCUCACCUCCGACAUCUACCUCGACUAUGUCCGGAGUGGGUGCGAGAACGCCGCUCACGGCAGCCCGGAUGGGUUGGGCAGCCUCAAACUUGUGUGCGGCUACUUACCCACCCUUAACGAGGAAGAGGAGUGGAGUUGCAGUGACUUCAAAGCCAAAGCCUUAGCCUCUAUGGUUGGACUGUCCGCGAAAGCCCUCCGGGCAGCUUCCUCUGUGAGGGCGGUGGAGGCGCUGGACAGAGGAUACAGGUCGUAUAGACGUGGGGAGUCGGCUAGUCCCUAUCACAUCAGCGCGGGUCUGGCCUUCGCUCCAGCCUCCAGUGCCAACGACAGUGAGAUCUCCAGCGAUGCCAUGACGGACGACUCCAUGUCCCUGGCAGACAGUGUGGAAGGGGUGUGUGUGCAGCAGCUGGGCUCCAGGAAGCAGCUGCAGCGGGAGAUGCAACGCAACAUGAGGAUCAACGGCCAGGUGUCCCUACCUCACUUUCCUAAGGGGCGGCGGGCACCACGUGAGAUGGGUCCAGCGGCGCCGGAGGAGUUUGCAGCCCAGCUGACGGCGCGUCUGGAGCGGCUGAAGAGGGAGCAGGACAGCAUGAGCUGUCUGGAGGAGAGACUGCAGCAGAUCCAGGAGGAGGAGGAGCGAGACGACACAGAGACAUCAUGUGGUGCCUCCACCCUCAGCCCCCACCCCCUGUCACUACCCUCCGCCUCCUCCUGUGACGAGGACGCGCAGGCCAUCCUGGACGAGCACCUGUCCCGCGUCCUCAAGACUCCCGGCUGCCAGUCGCCCCCGCGCUCCCGCUCCCCUGACCGCCACCGACCCCCCCUGCCCCGGGGCAAGGGCCCGUUCACCGCUGCCCCGCCGUUCGGCUGCUACGCUCCGAACUCCGGCGGAACUGGCGGCCACCACCACCACCAGACCACCUUCGUGUCGCGCCAGUCCACCCGGCACGUCCACCACCAUAUCCACCACCACCACAGCGGCACGGGAGGCGCCGGCUCGCCCCACUCCCGUGAGCAGCUGGAGGCGGAGGCGGCGCAGCGUGUGCAGGGUCUUUGCCGUGGAGCCCCCGGCCUGCUCCCACGCAGCCGAAGCCUGGGCCGUGAGCACCAGGGCGGGGGCAGCCCAACCACAGACCUGGCCCUGGGGCACUCGGGCAUCCUCUCCCAGCGGCUGUGGAAGUCUGGUGAAGAGGUCUCCUCAGAGGGCAGUGGGCCUGACGGCAUGCAGCUGCCCACCGACACCACCGACCGCUCACAGAACGUAUGGCAGUGGAUCAUGGAGAGCGGACGGCAGCCUCGGCACAAGUCUAACGGGGUUGUCCAGGGUGCCAGGCGGUGGCACAGCGCCGAGCCCUCCUCACGUACGCCCACCUGGGGAGGCGGUGGCAGCAGCGGGCACCUGCGCGCCCACCAGCCGGCCCACCCUUUCGUCCAGGACCCGGCCAUGCCCCCGCUGCCCCCUCCAAACACCCGGGCACAGCUGGAGGAGGCGUGCCGGCGGCUGGAGGAGGUGUCCAAGCCCCCCAAACAGAGGCACUCUCCAUCCAGCCUGCAGAGAGAGCAAGGCCCCGGGGCCCCCGUCCAGAAUGGCCCCUCCUCUCUGCUUGGCCCCGGCCUGCAGACCGAUGAGCUGAAGAAGCAGGCCGGUUGCCACGGCUCUCCGGGCGGCACCGAAACGGUGGUGACGUACUUCUUCUGCGGCGAGGAGAUCCCGUAUCGGCGCGUGAUGAAGACGCACAGCCUCACGCUCGGCCACUUCAAGGAGCAGCUCCGCAAGAAGGGCAACUACAGGUACUACUUCAAGAAGGCCAGCGAUGAGUUUGAGUGCGGCGCUGUCUUUGAGGAGGUGUGGGAGGACGCCAGCCUGCUGCCCAUGUACGAGGGCAAGAUCCUGGGGAAGGUGGAGAGGAUGGACUGAGCCACACUUCCAGAAGCUUCUCCCACUACACCCCACCCCCCCCACCCCCAUUCCAAAGCUGCUUACGCUCCUCUUUCAAACACCCGGGGAGGACAAUCCCCUCAAAGCUCACCCUGGACAUCUGCAGAGGAACCUCCACCCAGAACAGAGCAAGGAGCCUCUUAUGAGAUGGACCUUAUGAACGCUUCUUCCGGGAGGCUUUCAGGCUACUUGUGCAUUUUUCUCACCCAGACGACUUUUAUUCCGCAAAGCUAUUGAAGGAAUUCUAGCCAAUGAAGUAAUGAUGCAGGAAGGUGCCGGAAUGGGUGGCACGUCAAGCCGACGGACAUGCACCUGAUGGACAUGGAAAAGAGGCAGCCAGAGGGACACGAGAGGCUGUCCAGCAGGUCCGGGAGGCACACUCUCUGCCAGGCACCUCUCUAUGGGUGGGUUGUCUGGGUGUCAGUCUGUGAUCUGGAGUGCCUCCUGCCACAGGGACUGCGUGUCUGGACUGGGAGUCAAAGAUGAGGACUGUUGUUCCACAUCAGUUACCUGAGAUUGUGCUAUAGCAGUCAUAGAACUGGCUUGUUCUGAGACAUGCAAUCUAUCUACAAUGUUAGUGCUAAUUGUCAAUCCCUUAUUAUGUGUGUGUGUGUGUAUGUGUGUGUGAGAGAGAGAGAGAGCGUGUGUGUGUGGGUUUGUUAAAGGUCCUCAUAUGUUA